CUCCCUACAUAUUACAGAGGGGUGGGGGGUAAAAAGCAAGGCGUGCGUCCGGACGCUCAGCGCCAACUAAACGCGAGAGAUUCAGACAUCAAUAACAUCUCGCUCAUGAAUAGGGAUUUUAGAUGGAGUUCGUCUGCUUAAUUAAAUAGCUUGCCUUUACUGUAUCGCACUCUGAAUUUAUAAUAUUUAAUCUAAUGAUCCCCAAUGGAGAACAUUUGAGGGAAGUCUCAUCAGCAUCUCCAUCACUGGGACAGCAGCGCGUCCGGAGAAAUAAUACGGCUUGGAGAUAAUUCUUCUCGCUCAACGAUGGCUAUCAACACUGAUGCUACCUUUGGGAAAAGCGCCCUCGGCGAAAGGGAAGUUUCCAACCCAACCAACUUCCAGGAUACGGAGAAGCUGUUGAGCGCCGCAACCACCGAGCCAACGGGGCAGAGCAACCUCAAACCAUCCGACUCCUUUUCCCUGAACAUCAGAGGGAGCAUCCGAUCCCUGGAUGCGGAACAGAACGGACACAAGUCGCCGUUGAAGUCAGGCUCAGUUGGGCAGCUGUCGACCCCACCCAUAUCCUCCUCCCGUGUCAGCCUGGGCCAACUGUCCUCCCCGGUGCCCCGGGUGUCCGCACCCCCGUAUUACCUCUGGCUCGCCGUGCUGUCCUGUUUCUGCCCCUCUGUGCCGUUCAACAUAUGUGCUUUGUGGUAUGCAAGUGUGUCGAGGAGUGUUCUCAACACUGGAGAUAUUGAAGGAGCAAAAAAGUAUGCACGUCUAUCUAUGCUGCUCAGCAUUUUGGCAAUGCUUAUGGGUGUGGCUGUAAUCAUCUUCAUCGUGUUUACAAUAGAGAUCCAGAAGUGAACUGUGAGAUGGAACGAGUCUCCUUUAACUUCUUCAGAUGUCGGUUUUGCAAAGAAGAAAGAAGAUGAUGUUGUUUUGAAGUUGAAAAAGCACAAAAUUUGAGUUGAUAACAGGCUAAGGAGCCUCCAAAGAAUGGCUUACAGAUUUUUUUUCUGCUAUGGACACUAAAAAAAAAAAAGAAAAGAAAAAAAGAAAAAAGCCAUUUAUCUGUUUUCUUACAAAUACUCAUUCCCAA